UAGGAUAACAACGUAGAUUAGCUUUAAGAUUAGGGGUCGGAUGUUGAUCGGACGAGUUGCAUUGGACACACCCGUAAUGAACGACAAGCGGUCCUAAGGGAUUAUACUGUUGAUAAGGGAUCGGACAUACGGAGAUCCAAACGUCACGUUAUUGCAAUUUAAUUUUCUUACAAUUUUUAUAUGGAGGGAUUUAACCAGCUUUAUAUGUUUCUUCUACCUGCUUCGAGGUGUGGGAAUAGAUACCGUUACCGUGAUGUAAGAGUACGGCUAAAAAGGUUAGGACGUCGAUUGCAACGUGUCAUGGCCCGAUGUAACGGUUCGUUGUAUGAGCCAAGUCGACUUACGGCGUUACUUUCGAAUCUUGCAUGCCUGGUGGUCAAAGUCAAACGACCAAUACGUGAACGAUUGAUGUAGAGCGUCUCGGUGUGCUUCGCGGUGUUCUCCUUCUCGUGCACCGCAAAAGCCUCCGCACGUAGUAAUAUUGUUCAUCUGCUGCCGCUGUUUCAGCGACUGACUGACUGACGGACUGCAGCCCCUCUCUCUCUCUCUCUCUCUCUCUCUCUCUCUCUCUCUCUCGCUUUUUGCUGGCUUACACCGCCGUUAAAAGUUGGGAGAAAGAAGAAAAGGAGAGAGUUUGAACUUUGAAGAGAGGAAAGGCAUUCCUCUGACUCUUUCUUAGUAAUUGGUAGUAAAGGGUUUAAAGGUCGGCUUUCACCCCUGGCUCUCCCGACCAUGGAAUCCUUCACCCUGCUCAAAUACUGGCGGGGCGGCGGCGGCGGAGGAGGAGGAGGAGGAGGAGGAUCCACCGUCGCUGAAACCCUUCGCGCUUGCAGCGCCACCCCUGUGGUCGCCACCGCCUUCCUACGCCCCUCCUCGGCUACCACGGAUGACAGCGGCGACAACGACGACGAUGAAGGACCCUUCUUCGACCUCGAGUUCCCCGCCCUUACCGUCGACGACGAGGUGGAAGAGGGCGAGUUCAACUUCGAGCUGAGUUCCGUCGGAAAUGGUGGCGGCGGCGGAGGAGGAGGGGGUGAUGACAUCCGGACUGAGGAUUUCUCCCCCACUGAAGACCUCUUCUUCAAAGGGAAGCUCGUCCCUUUGGGACCUUCCUCGAUCGUGAUCGCGGCCUCCGAGUCUGACAAUAAACCCCAAUUCCCGGCGGCCUCCAUCCUCAGAUCCGCCACCAAGUUUCGUGUUUUCUUGCUCGGGCUCCGCAAGCCCAAACCCACCGCUGCGGAGCCCAAUGCCGCCGCCGUGGCUGGUGCCUCCCCGAGGCAGCAACUUCAGCAGCAUCAGAGCAGGUUCUUCGUGAAGUUUAAGGUGGAAGAGCUGCCCAUCAUCUCGCUCUUCACACGGGACAACAGCUCCCGGAACUCCUCGGCCAACCGGGCGGUGAAACCGCAAGCGGAAGACACCGCCGUCUCCGUCACAGCGGCGGAGGAGAAGAGGCUGGCGAGGGAAGUCGUUCAGAAGUACGUCAACAUGAUCAAACCGCUCUACGUCAGGGCUUCCAGGAAGCACGGCGAGAAGCCGAGGCUUCCCGGAGAGCCAGCGCAAGGAGAGGUGGAGCCGGAGGAAACGGCGCCGGCGCCGGCGCCUGCGGCGAGCUCGGGCGGGGUGAAGGGCCUCCCGGCGGGGCUGAGGGUGGUCGGGAAGCGGCUGGGGAAGAUCCGGUCGGCGUCGGCGACCGUGGCCGCGGUCCCGCCUCCUCCACCGCCGCCACAGCGGCGCGACGACACGCUCCUGGAGCAGCAGGACGGGAUCCAGAGCGCCAUCGCCCACUGCAAGCGUUCCUUCACCGCCCCGGAGAAAGGGUCGCAGUCGCCGUUGGCGAGAUCGAAGAGCGACCCGAUCCGGGCGAUGGGCGAUCAGAUCUGAGCCGCGCUUAUUCCCGGCCGUCCGAUUUUGGCAGUAACAGUAAAAAGCCUUCACUGUGUCUCAUCUCCUUGGUUCUCGUAGCAAGUAGAGUAGGAGGAAGGCCUCGCUGUAAAAAUCGUGCGUUCGAUCUAUCCAUGAUGCCAAAUCGUGCGUUCGAUCUAUCCAUGAUGCCAAGUACUGGUUGUGUCGACUAUAUGUGGUGGGUGUUUGAUUGGCGAGCGAGAGUGCAAUGAUGAGAAGGUGAGAGUGAUGGGGCUGAGCUUUGCUCGCUCACUCUCACAUGUGAACGAACACCGGAGGGGAGGGGAGGGGAAAGAUUCCCGUGGCAUCGGGAAAGCUGCAGCUUAAUAUGGCAAUCUUAUGGCAAUAUGGUGGAGCAAUGAAUGCUUUAGGUUCUGUCUCUGCUCUGUGUGCUCGGAGGCUUUGUGCAGCUCACGUACCCUGGAAAUGCGCCACCUUUUUUAGCUUUUCGGCAGGGGAAAGUAGCAACCUCAGACCCCAAAAGACGUGGCCGAUGAUACCUUCCGUUUUCUUUUGUUUUAUUUGAUACAUUUAUUCUUUUUAAUAUCUUAAAUAUCUUUUAUCACCGUAGUUUUU